AUGGGACUAUUGGCAAAGGGAAAGGGAAAGAGCAACAACACUAACACCGACAACACCACCCAUAACAGUAACAGGGAGGGUAUGGGCUUACUCCUAGUUUUCUUCCCAGAAAAUAACGCUCCAAAUCCCACUCCAACCAUUGCUAACAAAACCAACCUUCUCUCUUCUUCUUCUUCUUCUUCUUCUUCUUCUUCUUCUCCCUUUUUCAAAAGAACCAAUUCCAAUGUCAUCUUCUCCAAAGCCCAGUCAACAAUUUCCAUAUGCUUCUUCCUCCUCUUCUCCACUCUCCUUCUCUUCACCCUCUCCACCUUUGAACCCACCAUCCCCACAGACCCUUUCUUUUUACACAAACCCCACUUUACUUCCUCCAAACCCCCCAACGACACUCGUUUCACUUCAACCGCACUUCAACGCAUGGGCAAUCUCUACCGCCGAGGAACCCGAGCCAUGAACGACAUCGUCGUUUGCCACGUCCCCGAAGACACAACCUCCCAAGAAUUUCAACUCUUUCUCAGACUCCUCCAUCGUUCUGGCGUCACUUCCAAAUCCGACGUCGUUUUCAUCUUCCCUUCUCCUACCUCCGUGUCCACCUUCGACCCCAUUGUUCGUGAAGAGAACGACUUGUUUUUGUCACUCGUCGCGCUCCACGCCGAGUUGAACUCGACUCAGUGGAGCAAAUCGCCCGAGUCGAGUUUCGACGUGACUCGCUUCUUGAAGUUUGCUAAGAACGGAGAGUCGCCUUGGGGGAAGAGAAUUAAAAGCAAUAUGAGUGGUUCAGAUGCAGAAGAGAGCGAGUUGACUCGGGCGAGUUACGGAUCGGUGCUGAGUUUCGACGCUAAUGAACUUGACCCGGAGAACGCACUUGCUGGGUUUUUGGACCGAGUUCCGCUGAGUUUGAGGAUAUGGGCUUGUUACCCCAUGUUACUCGGCCGAGUCAGGAGGAAAUUCAAACACGUAAUGCUAGUUGAUGUGAAGAAUUUGGUGAUUUUAAAUGACCCGCUCGGGCGAGUCAGGAAUCGGAGUCCCGAGUCGGUUUAUUUGUACCCGGUAAUGAAUAAUGGAAAGCAUGGGAAGAAGAACUCGGAGAGAACUCAAUCUCACCUGGUUAACUCAGCGAUUCUAAUGGGGGGUGCUCGUGGGGUUCGGCGAUUGGCGAACGCAAUGCUGAUUGAGAUUGUUAGAGCCGCAAUGCAGCACAAGAAGAAGAGCCCGGUGUCCGGGUCGGCGAUUCUGAGUCAACUCGUUCGGAAUGAGUUUGUGUUGAAGAACGUUCAUUUGAUCGUCUCGAGCGAGUCAAUACCGGAAGCGAGUUCACUCGCUGCUUCGACGUGGUUUUCAGAUUAUUCAAUAAUUCAACGGGGUAUGGGUAAUUAUGACCUUAAUUAUGUUAUUAAGAAGCAUAUUUGUUCCUCUGUAGUUGAUUCUUCUGUUUAUAGAGAUUGUUAA